GUGCUGAAUUUUGUGUGGGUUGGGUACGGGUUAAUAUCGGGGCGCCCGUACUAACUGAGACCAAGGCUCGAGCAGGGUUCUUCUGCCGAGAUUUGGAGCCCCGGGCUCCUUGGCUUCUACCAUCCUUGGUCGGAGCUCAGGGCGCCUUCCAAGGGGGAGGUGCUGCUGGUUUCAGGACCAAGGCGCGCUGGGAGCAUGACGAUGGCUUCGGUCCCGGGCUCCCAGGAACGGGAAGGGCUCCUGAUAGUGAAACUGGAGGAGGACUGCUCCUGGAGCCAGGAGCUGCCCCCGCCAGACCAAGGGCCUACCCCAGAGGCCUCCCACUUGCUGUUCAGACGGUUCCGCUUCCAAGAGGCUGCUGGUCCCCGGGAGGCCCUCAGUCGGCUCCAGGAACUUUGCCAUGGGUGGCUCCGGCCUGAGAUGCACACCAAAGAGCAGAUCCUGGAGCUACUAGUGCUAGAGCAGUUCCUGAUCAUCCUGCCCCAGGAAAUCCAGAGCAGGGUGCAGGAGCUGCAUCCGGAGAGCGGUGAAGAAGCCGUAACCCUUGUGGAAGAUAUGCAGAGACAGCUUGGGAGACUGAGGCAACAGGUCACAAACCAAGGGCGGAGAGCAGAAGUGCUUUUGGAGGAGCCUUUGCCACUGGAAACAGCAGGAGAGUCACCGAGCUUCAAGCUGGAACCAGUAGAGACUGAGCAAAGCCCUGGCCCCAGGCUGCAGGAGCUGCUAGACCCCAGCCCCAAAAGGGACCCCCAGGCUGUAAAGGAGAGGGCUUUAUCUGCUCCUUGGCUUUCUCUUUUUCCUCCUGAAGGAACCAUGGAAGACAAGACAAUGACUGGGCCCCAGUUGCCUGAAAGCUUAGAGGACAUGGCAAUGUACAUCUCCCAGGAGGAGUGGGGGCAUCAAGAUCCUAGUAAGAGAGCCCUCUCCAGAGACUCAGUGCAGGAGAGUUAUGAGCACGUGGACUCACUGGAGUCUCCAGUUCCCAGUCAGGAAGCCCUAAGCACACAGGUGGAACAAGGCAGGAAGUCAUGGGAUCCCAACAUCCAGAGUGGCAAGGAGGGCAUGAGCCCCAAAAGCCCAGCUCCAGGGCAAGAGAAGUUUGACAACUCAGAAGGAAGCACUCAAUCUGUUUCCAUGGAAAACAACCACCCUCAGAUGCUGCUUCCUGGCCAAGCCAGAGGGGAAACACCCUGGAGUUCAGAGCAGGAAAGAUCUGGAGACAGGGCAGAAGGGCAUUGGGAACCACCCCCAGAAGACAGAAUGGGGCAGUCCUUAGUAGGAGCCACAGGCUGCAGAGGACUGGGGCGACCAAAGGAACUGCAGCCAAAGAAACUCCAUUUAUGUCCCUUGUGUGGCAAAAAUUUCUCUAACAACUCAAACUUAAUUAGACAUCAGAGAAUACAUGCAGCAGAAAGACUAUGUAUGGGCGUGGAAUGUGGUGAGAUCUUUGGUGGGCACCCACAUUUUCUGUCACUGCAUAGAGCACACCUGGGAGAUGAGGCUCAUAAGUGCCUUGAAUGUGGAAAAUGUUUCAGUCAAAAUACCCACUUGACCCGUCAUCAACGAACCCACACAGGUGAGAAGCCCUAUCAGUGCAAUGUGUGUGGAAAAAGUUUCUCUUGCAAUUCCAACCUUCAUAGGCAUCAGAGGACACACACUGGGGAGAAGCCCUACAAGUGUCCUGAGUGUGGGGAGAUCUUUGCUCACAGCUCCAACCUUCUUCGGCACCAGAGGAUCCACACGGGAGAGAGGCCCUAUAAGUGUGCUGAGUGUGGGAAAAGUUUCUCUCGGAGUUCACACCUCGUCAUUCAUGAAAGAACCCAUGAAAAAGAGAGACAUGACCCCUUCUCAGAGUGUGGGGAGGGUAUGAGUGACAGUGCUCCCUUUUCUGCAAACCAUGGAACCCAUAGAGUGGAGAAGAAACUCUUUGAAUGUUUGACUUGUGGGAAAAGCUUCCGGCAGGGCAUGCACCUCACCAGACAUCAGAGAACGCACACAGGAGAGAAACCAUAUAAAUGUACCCUUUGUGGGGAAAACUUCUCCCAUAGAUCCAACUUAAUCAGGCACCAGAGAAUUCACACAGGAGAAAAACCCUAUACCUGUCAUGAGUGCGGAGACAGUUUCUCUCACAGCUCCAACCGGAUUCGUCACUUAAGAACCCAUACAGGAGAAAGACCUUAUAAAUGUUCUGAAUGUGGAGAAAACUUCUCUAGGAGUUCACGCCUCAUGAGUCACCAGAGAACUCACACCGGAUAGAAACAAUGGAUAGCUCUUUGCCCUAGCUUAUGUGGUCUACUCUGAAAGUUGCUUUAUCAAAAGCUGGCAUUUGCCCAACUGACUUAGUCAUCUCUGUUUUCCAGGUAAUUAAUAAAAAGGGAAAUGGGGGCUUAUUUUGAGGGGGGUGCAGAGGCAGCAAAGGAUUAGCAUAAAACUAAUAAGGAGUUCAGUCUGCAGUAGUAAGGAUGUCAGUCUUUAAAGUGACCUGCUCAGUGCCACUUUUCUGUUAAAUUCAUGCUGUCCCAAGGUGUACCCACCUUCUUGGUGUAUCUGACCAAGUCAUGGUUUGUGUGCCUUACUGUGUCCAUCCCAACAAGCUUGGGAAACCAUGUGAUCUUUGACUCCUUCCUCACCUGGGACAUUCAGCUGGAGCAUUUGGCUUCCAGGGGCCCUUGAGACCAAAGAAGAGGGGCCAAAUCUCCUGGGAAACGAGCUAAAGGUCAACAAUAUUGGUUGUAAAUUUCAGUUCUCUGAAAGGACCUGACUGGGAAGCCACAGGCAGUCCAGGUCAGCUACCUCAACUCCCUUCAGCAACCUGGCAGGAGUGCUAGGCAUUACCACACGUAUAUGUGUGAUCUGACAAAAAGGAACCAGACCACUGGGAAAUUGUAAGGUGGAAUUUAGAGGUGAGCCCAGAAAUUGACAGAUUAUUAGUCUACCUUUGCAGACAGAGAUUGGGCAGUCCCACCUGUGUCACAAAAAGAUACACAGGUAAAGAACAACAAAAAAGAUAACUGAGCUCUGGAAUCUUGUUCCUGCAUGGAAAGUUCCAUGAAAAAUGGAUUUCUUAGGAAAUACUGAAAAUAUGAAUCCUAGAGAAAUUAGGAUUUAUGUCUUUUCUUGUUGAAAGUGUUUGGAUGGUAAUAAAUAUCUUCAGGAA